AUGCUUAUCUCGGAGUUAAGGAAACGCGUAGCGCAAUGUGCUUUGGCCCCACGCCUCGAGUACGAACAGCGAUAUACGUACGCAAAGAAGCAGAUCUCAGGUUUCGGUGAGCAGGCCGUCACAAUCAAGAACUACCGAGAAAUUGAGUAUCUGCCCCAUCAAUCUGAACCUCUCAGCAAAGCAGCCCAUUCUGGCAAUCUCAAAAUGGUCAACUCCUCGUCGAAUAUGGAGCAAAUACUUGCUCAUAUACUCUGGCCGGAACUUGGAUUCUGA